CGCGCACGUGACUGUGAGGGAGGCGGGAAGAACGCAGUCGCUGAGGAGGUUUUAAUGUCCGCCAUGUUGUGAAUGGCGCACUGAGGCAGCGAGAGAAAACACACACACACCCGCCUCUGCUUCUCCUCGCUGGAGCUCUUCUAUUCCAUUAUUUUUUCUCAUUCUCCAACUCCAUCCACCCUCCUCCAUGAGAUCUGUGGCGGUUUUAUGGGUGAUUGUGAGGGGAUCGGACAGAUUUAUAGAGUAAAAUGAGUAAACUGUCGUUCAGGGCGCGGGCGCUGGACGCUCUCAAACCGCUGCCCGUUUUCCGCUGCGAGGAUCUGCCAGACCUGCACGAGUACGCGUCCAUCAACCGCGCCGUGCCGCAGAUGCCCACCGGCAUGGAGAAGGACGAGGAAUCGGAACACCAUCUCCAGAGGGCGAUUUCCGCCCAGCAGGUGUAUGGAGAGAAGAGGGAUAAUAUGGUGAUUCCCGUCCCAGAGGCCAAGAGCAACAUCACCUACUAUGACUCGCUCUACCCCGGAGACUUCAAGAUGCCAAAGCAGCUCAUUCACAUACAGCCUUUCAGUCUGGAUACAGAGCAGCCGGACUACGAUCUGGACUCGGAGGAUGAGGCUUUUGUGAAUAAGAUGAAAAAGAAGCUGGAGGUGGAGGCCCUGCAGUUCGAGGAGAUGAUUGACAGAUUGGAGAAAGGAAGCGGACAGCAGCUGGUGACCCUACAGGAAGCGAAGCUUUUACUGAAGGAGGACGAUGAUCUGAUCAGGGAGGUGUUUGAAUACUGGAGCAGGAAGCGGAAACUGUGUAAAAAUGGAUCCCUCAUCCCAACCAUCAAGCAGGAAAAGCGGGAUGGUUCCAGUACCAAUGACCCCUAUGUGGCCUUUAGGCGAAGGACUGAGAAGAUGCAGACGAGAAAGAACCGUAAGAAUGACGAGGCGUCCUAUGAGAAGAUGCUCAAACUAAGAAGGGACCUGAGUCGGGCCGUCACUAUCCUGGAGAUGAUCAAGAAACGAGAAAAAAGCAAACGAGAGCUGCUUCAUCUCACACUGGAGGUUGUGGAGAAGAGGAACGCCAUGCCGGACUUUGGCUCAGAGGUGAUGGCAGAAGCACUUGCUAUGGCAAAACCUGUUUACAAAAUUCCCAUAAUACCCUUCUCCAGCAGCAGUCAGUACCGCCACCAGGACCACAUAGACUUCAAAGACUACAAGGCCAGGCCUGAAAAGACAGAGGUGGUCAGAACAAAGAGGAAGUACGAGAAGAAGCCCAAAAUCACACCACUCUCCGCCCCAUUGCAUACUGGCCCCUCCCUGUUUAACCCCAAAGACCUCAACCAGUACGACUUCCCCAGCUCUGAUGACGAGCCCUUUUCACAGAUACAUUCUGGGUCAUCAGAGGCCGAGGAAGAGAACGAGCCCGAUGGAGCGUUUGCCUUCAGGCGGAAAGCAGGAUGUGUUUAUCACGCUCCCCGUUUGGAUCAGAGCGGCGACUGGCCCUGGUCUGGAGAAACAGAAGGAGGGUCAUGUGACCCGCAGUUUCGGUACUCCCUCACCACUCUCACCAUUCCCCGCUGCUGUGUCGGGUUGGCACGGCGUCGGGUGGGACGGGGUGGCAGGUUUCUUCUGGACCGAGCCUAUUCAGAUUUAAAUGGAUUAUUCCAAAGUCUGGACUCUGAUUCAGAGCCGGAAUUCUCCUUCCCUGCUUCCCCUCUCCACCCGGAAACCACUUCCCAGACCGUUACCUCAUCCUCUUCUUCCUCUCAUACCACGUAUUCAGACCUGAGGCAGAUCCGCCGAAAUAUCAAAGCGUGCCGCUGGAGGCACUUUAAACCACGGACACUAAGUAGCCUAUCAGGCGCAGGGGAUGCGCUGUUACGGAGACCAUUUAGGGGGUUGGUGAGGGGCGGCGCGGGGCCGGGUGGCAGUACACUGGGCAGAACAGCAGGCACGGGACCACCCGCAGUAGCAUUCACGGCUGAGCAGUAUCAGCAGCAUCAAGAACAGCUGGCCCUCAUGCAGAAACAGCAGCUGGAGCAGAUACAACAACAGGCCAUUGACACAGGCUCAAGUCAGUCUCUUGUGUCCAAGACGCUGGACUCAGUCAGUGCCCAGUUUGCCGCCUCUGCACUCAUGACCUCUGACCAGCUUUUGACCCUAAAGAUCAAAGAAGACGGCGUAGGAGGUGGAGUCAACGGAGUCGUCCAAGCUUCAGGAGUUUACAAGGGAUUGAGCAUCUCUGCCACAUCCUCUGCUUCGAUCCUCACUAGCCAACCAACAUUGACCGCUGCCCCACCCACCUUCCUGUCCUCCACUAGCAACUCUAACACAAGCUUUGCCCACACUGUCCACAACCCUAUAGGUAAUCAUGCUAACAACACAGCCAACUCCACCUCUCAGGUCCUGAUCGGCAACAACCUACGACUCAGCGUCACCACGCCCUCUAUCGCUAGUCUCAAUGCCCGUCACCUUCCCAGAAGUCUCAGCAACGUGCCACCCGCUGCCUUGAAACUCGCCACCGCCAACAACUGUCAGCUCCCCAAAGUCAACACUGGGGAGAAUCACGAGCAGGAAAAGCAGUCCCUCAACAGUAUAGCAGAGAACACAGUGGCCAUGGAGGUGACGUAGUGACCGCUGCCUGGGUGUCAUUCUUUUUUUCCGUCCAGUCCAGUCUUCUGGUGCUGUGCACCAAUUGGGUUCGGGGGUUUCCACAGCGACUGUCUGAACGUGACAGAAAAUUUCAUCUCUUGUUUAUCUUUAUUUUUGCCCCUUUGUCAUUUUUUUAAAAUAUAUUUUGUUUAAGAAAAGUGAUGUGUAAAUUAUGAAUAUGGCUAAUAUUUGAUGUACAGAAACUACAUAUUUGUAAAAGCCCACCACCAUCAUCACCCUUGUAUAUACGUUAUUGAAUAGAGAACUGUUGAGUUGAUGUUUUGCACUUGGGGAAUCAAAAAGAGUAAAAAGUGAAUGAGGGGGAGGGAGUGUGUGAAUAGUCAUGUGCAUGGUGAGGAAACCUGCUGUUCUACCUAUUUAUUGUGCUGUGUUUACAAUGAUUUGGUUUUUUUUUUGUGUUCGUUAUUUGCUUUUAUUUCGUAAACCGUGUCCCUCAGUUGUUUCCUGUGGUGUUGUAAGUGUUUAGGUAGCUGCCGAUUCCUAAAUUCCCCCCUCUGUUUUCAAGUUCGACUGAAUCGUAUUGAACAUUGAUGGUAUCAUGCAGUUUUUUUUAUUUUAUUUUUUUCUUGUCUUCUGGGAGGAAUGGGACGUGUCGGGGUUCGAUGCCCUUUAGGUUCAGGGGUUAAUGGGAGGGCAAAUUUAAGGAAGUGGUUAUAGGAAUCUUCCAUUUUUAUCAUCCCAAAAAAUAACAGACAAACAAGGGAUGAAGUCUUCACUUUGGGAGCUUCCAAUGCUUCCGGUCAACUAAGCACUAUUGUUUCGGGGUUUUUUUUAGUUGAUAAUAUUGCUGCUUUUUGUAUAAAUUCAGUUCCUUUUUCAUACGAUGGAAACUCUUUGGUUUGUCCCCGUUUUUAUAUUAGUUAUUUUUGUAUCUUGUUUUGCAUUAUUAUCGUUCUGUUUGUUGUUGUUGUUGUUUUUUCAGUUCUUGUGGUUAAGCGUCUUUUGCGCUUUGUUAACGGAAGACUUCAUUCUUUGUUGCUAAACGUCAUGCGCAGUGGCCGAUAAAUCCGAGUCAUCGUUCCGAUUUAACCAAGUGGAUGCCAAACGAACGUCAUCUCCUUGGCGUUCUCUAAACGUAUUAAUCCAGCAGACUCUGUACUACUUCAAGGCCUGAAAAAAAAACACAAGUUAAAGAUUGUGCCUUCCUUUGGGAAUGUCCUGCUCAGUCUCUUCCGUGAAGAGGAUGCUCCGGCUCAAGACCGCGGUCCUGCGGUACACACUUGUCCGGAGCUCGGAUCUCCGAUGCCCAGUCCACUGGCUGAACUGAAUCAUCCUCCUCCAAGGGUUUUCUAGUCUGAUUUGGAUGGAGGCAAAAAAAUGAAAAAAUAUUGAA